GUUGUAAAAGUUAGUUUUACACCCGCGGUCAAUCACCAAAUUUCAGUUGGAAAAAGGAGCCAACUGUCGCCUCAAGUUCGGAGACUCUGGGCAGGGUGCUGUCCUGUGGGAUGGAUGACGCCCAAGAGCAGGACCACUACGAGGAGCGCCUAAAAGAAGUUUUUAACAGUUUCGACACCAGUGGCUGCGGCUCUUUGUGCCCAGAGGAACUCUCUGACCUCUGCCAGUCGCUGCACCUGGAUGAUGCCACUCCAGCUCUUCUCAGUAUCCUGCUGCAGAACCAGGACCGCCUCACUGCCAGGGUUGACUUUGACCAAUUCAAGAAUGCACUGAUUCUGGUUUUGUCAUCAACCAUUGAGUCGCCUCAAGCGGAACAGGACACCUUGCAUAAACCAGAGAGUCCAGAGAUCCAACCAAAGUUUGUGAAGGGCAGUAAACGUUACGGCCGCCGCUCCACGCCGGAGUUAAUAGAGCCUAUUUCUGACUUAUCCGAAGUUCCCAAUGCAAACCCAGCAGAGGGAGAGGAUCUGGAAGACAACUAUGACUCGGCUGUUCCCAGGAAGCGUGAGCGCUGGAAUGCUCUCGAGUUAAGCACAGAGGAGUAUGAGGCAGAAGGCCAGAUGCAUCUCUGGAACCCCGAUGAGCCGAGCACACCUCGAGGAUCCAUCGUUCCUCUAUCGGCCCGUUUAGAGGAGAGGUUGCGUGAAGCCUGUGAGGAGCUGGCUAUAUCGUGGGACAGAUGUGCUAGUCACACUGAACUACUCGCUCUCUGUGAACAUCUGGGACUGGAGAUAAACUGGGACAUGCUCCUGAGUCUAACCGGUGAUGAAGGGAUGAACGUUCAGGAGUUUGUAUCCAGGGUUGUAAACCACAACAAACCCCCCACACCAUCCGCCUCCACACCCUACAGACAGCUGAAACGACAUCACUCCACUCAGCCCUUUGAUGAGGGAGGCCGUAGGAUUGCCACCCCCUCUGCUCUGACCAGCAGCAUUGGCAUGCGUCUCUUCUCCACCCUCGAUGAUGGGACCGGUUUCACUCCGGUUGAAUACCUCCUGGAUGCCUGGAUAGAUGAAGGCAUUGAAAACAGCACUGAGAUCCUGCAGGCUUUGAAUUUCAACCUAGAUGGCAAACUGAGUCUUAGUGAUCUCACCAUGGCACUUGAAAAUGAGCUGCUCGUUACUAAGAAUGGGAUUCACCAAGCGGCACUGGCGAGCUUCAGAGCUGAGAUCAGAUAUCUCCUAGAGCGUGUAGACAGGGAACUCAGGGAGAAAGAGAAAAUCCGAUCUGACCUGGAAAAAGCGGAGAAGUUGAAAACUCAGCUCGCCACUGAGGUGGACGAGCAUCACUCUGCCAUUGAGCACAUGAAUACCCUCAAGAUCAGGAAGCUUGAGCAGGACCACAAAGAGAAGCUAGCAGCGGUCCGAUCAGAGCUGAUGAAGGAGAUGGACCAGAUCCGGCAGCAGGCGGGCCUGCAGCGAGAGGAGCUGGAGGCAGAGAUCGAGAAGAUCAGAGAGGAUGAAUCUUUUCUCAGGGACCACCUCUCCAUAUCUGUGAAGGAAAACAGACGUCUUGAAGUAGAGCUGCUGGACAGCACAGAAAAACUAGUGGAGGCACAAAGUCAAAUUACAAAACUCCAGACAAGUAUGGACAGCAUAAUGAAAGAAAAGUUCGGAGACUUGGACCCCGGCAGUGCAGACUUCUUCCUCCAAGAGGAACGUAUCAAACAACUGCGCAGUGGCUAUGAAGCUCAGUGCAGGGAGCUGCAGGAUCGUAUUGAUGAGCUGCAGUCAGAGUUGCAGGAGUUCCACAGUCUUGGUCGAGUUCUUCAGCCCUGCCACAAACCUCUCUCUGAGGAGCUGGACAGUAAAAGCCCCGGCAUGGAGUCUGAUCCAGGCAUCGGUUCAGAGGAGGUUCAGCCAUUCAGCAUGAGCCUGGAGGCGGAGAUGAUGCUGGAGCAGCUGAAGGAGCAACAUCUUCAGGAAAUGGAGGAGCUGCGAAACCAACUGGAAAGCAAGAUCAAUGAAUUUGAUAAGAUGGUAGAAAAGCAGAGGGCGACCCAUGAUGGCCAGAAGGCUGCCUUAGCUCUCCAGUAUCAGCAGGAGGUCCAGGCUUUGAGGGAGGAGAUGGUCAGCGUUCAGAGCCAGGCACAGGAGCUCCAGAGCCAGCUAGAGCAGGCGGAGCUGGAGCGCACCUCCCUGGAGCAGAAGCAGGCCGAGGAGAGGGAAGAGCUCGAAAACCUGCAAGAGGAGGAAGUGGGAAACCUCAGACAACAGCUGCUGGAGGCCCACACUUACACCGCAGACCUGGAGGAGCAGCUGAAGACCCUCGAAGGCCAACAGGCUGAGACGGAUGAAACCCUUCACACUGAGAUGGAGGAACUGAAAAAGCAACAUGCAGCUGAGAUGAACAAACUAGAGGAGGAGCAUGAAGGACUUUCUGAAGCCAGACUGGAAGAGGAGAGAACUAAACUGGAGGAAGAAAAGGCUGAGAUGGAGAAGAGGUUGUUAGAGGAUUGUGAAAGGGAGAAGGAACUGUUGCAGCAAAGCCAUGAGGCCGAACUGAAGGCUCAACUAGAGGAGGCAAAGCUGAGGUUCGAGGAGGAGCGGGAUGAGAUCGUGCAGGGACUUACAGAGCAGUGGCAGAAAGAGAGGGCUCAGCUGGAUGAGCAGAAUAAUGAGUCUCUGCAGGUGUUGCUGGAGGAAGAGAUGUUGAAACUUGUCAAGGAACAGGAAGAGAAGGAGAGCAAGCUCAGAGAGCAGUGGGAGAGUGAACGAGCUGAGCUUCAGGCGCGUCACGAGGACGCUCUACUUGAAAGAAUACUUCAAGAAAGAUCGCAGUUACAAGAGCAGUUUGAGCAGAGGGAGAAAAAGCUAAAGGGGGAGUGGGAGAGGGAGAGACUGCAGCUGGAGGAGGAUUAUGAAGGGAUGCUCCAGGACAGGAUGAAUGAAGAGAGGGAGAAGCUUGAGACUGAGAAAGAGGAGGUGGAGAAGAGACUAGAAAAUUUAAUGGCAGAGGAGAGGGCUCGUCUAGAGGAGAGUCACCGAGAGGCCGUGAAGGAGCUGACGGCAAAGCACACCGAGGAGAGGGACGCACUCAGCAGCUUGUUGGACAAACUCAGAGAUGACAUCGCUCAGGAGAGGUCUGAGGCCAGUCGUCUUGCUGAAGAAAACCUCGUCCUCAGGCAAAAGAUUGCUGCUUUGAAGGAAGAGGACUUGAAAGAGGCCCAGGAUGAGUUGAUACAAACGUUGGAGCACUUGAAAAAAGAGAAGAGCACGGCUCAGAAGGCAGCUGAAAAUUUCCGGAAACAGAUUUCAGAGCUGCGUCAGCAGAGUCAGCAGCUCGAGGAUGAGAAUGGGAUGCUGUCAGAGAAAAAUGCCCAAAAUAUUGCUGAUAUGGAGAAUCUACGCCAGCAGCUGAUAGAGCUGAUGAAGGAAAACGAGAGGAGGGAGGCGUUCCCCGCUGAAGAGAAAAACAAGCUGGCAGCCUGUGUGUCUGCUCUGGAGGCAGAGCUGACCAAAGCUCUGGAGGACACUGCACAGCUGGAGGAGAGGAAUAUCCAGCUGUCACAGCAGCUGCCUGGCCUCAGAGAGAAGGCGUUCAAGUUGGACUCGAUGGAGAAUCAGCUCAGCCAUCUGGUAGAGGAGAGGAAGAGUGUGGAUGUGGAGUCUCAGGGCCUCCGCAACCAGCUAACCAAAGCUCAGGAGAAGGUCAAGACAGUGGAUGAAACUCUUCAGGCUGUGAACCAUCAAAGUGCUCGUCUUAAGACGGACGUUCGUGUUUUGCAGAAGGAGAGGGAUUCCCUCAAACAGGAAGUUUCAGUGCUGAACAAACAGCUGCAGAAUGCCAACGAUAAAAACCAUGUUUUAGAGAUGGCCUUGCACUCGAGUGGUGUGCAGAAUCAGAGUAAGAAGCUGUACAGAGAUGAGAUGUCUCGGCUGAUCGAACAAGAGCAGCAGCUGCUGAGGCAGGAAAACGAGAGGCUUCAGGCAGAAAUGCACAACAUCGAAGGAGAUCUCGUGCAGUCCAGAGAGAAGGUCCGUCAGCUCGAUGCCACCAUCGUGUCCCUGAAGCAGCACAAACAACAGGAUCAGUCGUCCCUGGUGAAGGCCUUGGAGCAGGAGAACACCUCUCUGAAGCAGGAGCUCGAGGCACAAAAGGAACUGACCAAGGACUGUGAAGCAGGACAAGGACACACACAGCUGGAGAACCUUCAGCAAGAAAAUGAGGCGCUCAAGGCCCAAAUGGCUCGACUGUCUACACAACUGCUAGAGUCCUUUCAGGCUCAGUUGGUUGGACUUCUGCCUCCGUCACCUCACCGGAUGCCCAGAGGACAGCAUCGAGGUGAAGAUCCAGACAACAUGCAGGAUGAAAGGAAGAGGAAGAUGCAGAAUAUGGAGGAGCGUAUGAAGGAAAUUGAACUGUCGCUGCAUAACAUCAAGCUGCUGCUCAGAGAGAAAGUUGCUCAGCUGAACGAGCAGAUUCGCAAGAAUGGCAGAGCAGACGUGGUGAUCAAAGACCUGUAUGUUGAGAGAGCCCAGCUGCUGGAAGCUCUGGAGGUAACAGACCAGCGGCACAAAAUCGCAGAGAAGAAGAACUACCUGCUGGAAGAGAAGAUCUCCAGCCUUAACAAGAUAGUGCGAGAUCUAAACCCAUCGGCCCUUUCCUCACUAUCUUACCACUAUAAUUGUUCAUAAUGCAUCACCUUAAACACCCAGAGGUACUCAGGACAUUAACCGCACUCCAAAGUCAACCAUAAACUGCAGUGUUUAUUUACUAAGUCUUUUUUCUGCCUUUUUAAAAUAUAUUUUUUAUUGAACACUCCUGCAACACUUCCAGCCAAAUGGACAAGAAAAAGGUUUUUUUUGUUGCAUGUCCACUGACAUGUUUUAAGCUAAAUUUUACUGUGUUAAAUAUGCAGUAUAUGUUUGUUUUAUUCUGAGCAAUAAUUACCUUAAAUUGUGUUGGACCUAAUGAAGAACUAAAGGUCAAGGUUAGACUGUAAAGAAAACAUGAUAUUUUACAGUUAUUUAUAAUUAUAAACUAUUUUUCAAAGCAGUAGCUGUUACAAGUAAAUGAGUAAAUAUUUUACCAUGACACUAUACUUCUUUCUCAAAAGAGAAAAGCAAUACUGAAGUGCACUCCUUUUUAUAUAAGUGUUCUUUUGUCUAUAUGGUCAAAGAGAUUACUUUUAUUGAUCUGUCUUUUUCCUCUCUAGCCCUUAUGUAAAGAAGAAACCGAAACCUGUCUGUCAGUGAUAAGAUCAUGUAAACAGAAACGUCAAAUAAUCCAAAUAAUCUUUUCAGGGUAUUUGCUCUCAUGUAACACUACACGUUACUUUGACUUUAAAUGUCUGGCAAGAGGCAAUGACAAGCUAUUUAUAUUUGAAUACAAUGCUAUGAUCUGUUGCAAUAUGUAAAGCUCUACUUGAAGACUGUGCCAUGAUGAAUGUUUUUGAUUCAAAUGAAGGACCUUGUCUUUGGAACUGCUGCAGAGUAAGCACUAAAGUUGAAAACAGGGUAAUGUUUUGUGUUUUCAGUAUAAAUAAAAU